AUGCAAUCACCCAAAUGUACAUCAUCAGCAAACUCAGAACCCUGUUGUGAGAGAAAUGCAUCAGAAGAAACAAGCAACAACUCAUCAAAAAAUCUCCGCAAUAGUUCUAAUUCAAGUGUUCAUUGUUUAACAAUUCAAACAAGUAACAUUGCAAUUCAAGAUACCAAUGGAUCAUCACCUACAACACCUCCUUCCCCUUUGUACAAAAAGAACCUUUCCGUAGAUACAACUGUUACCUCGGCAUCAUCAUCAUCUAAUGAAAAUCCAACACCAAGCGUUGAAGAAACAACUCCAUCGCCAACAACAGCCAAUGUAAGACAUAAUGUUUUACAGAAAAUUUCGAAAUGGUCUGGUCUGGAUAAUUUUGGAACACCUCUCGAGCCAACCCACAUUAUUCCUUUAAAAACACCAAUUAAAACUAAGUUUUUAGAAUCAACUAAAAAGUGGAGACCUUUCACUACCGAGGAUUUUCUUUUUGGAAAUUUAAAAAGUGGAUAUUGCGUAGCUGGAAUUGUAGAUUUAUCGAAUCAUGAUUGCAUUUAUGAUGUGGAUUCCGUAUGCUCACCCAAAAAUCCUGAACAAUUUUUGAAAGAGAUUGGAAAAUUGUAUUUUAAAGAUGAAGAGGAAAAGGAUACAUUAUUGAAAUAUGUUAUUACCUCUCCUAUUUUGAGGAAAUCAUGCAUUUAUGAUAAUUUCACAUCUGAUGAGAUUAGGAAUGUUAUAGACAAUACAGAAACUAUUCCACUAACCUAUAUUAAGGUUAGACUUGUAGCAAAAGAAAUACCAGGAGAGGAGCAACAAGUGGAUUUCAAUCAUGUCAUAAAUGAUUUCUUUGAAAAGUUUCCUUCACACUACAUUGGAGUUCACUGCUCGUAUGGCUUUAAUAGAACAGGAUUUAUUUGUUGUUCUUAUUUAAUAAGUGAACGAGCUAUUCCAAUUGAUGAAGCUCUUAAUAUUUUUGCUAAGAGUAAACCUCCUGGUAUAAAGCAUCACUGGUUUCUUAAAGCUUUGAGAAAAAGAUAUGAUCCUAACUACAUAGAGUUAAAUGAUGAUGAAAAUGGUGUUUCGGAAGAUUCUUCAAUGUAA